AUGGCAAUUACUCCUACCCUCCUCACCCAGGCACAAGCCAAGAAGGUCUGCCGCCUUACAAAGUGGCUCCUCAACACCCAAAACAAGCUGCGUACCGCCAUCAAGGGGUCCAGCACUACCACCUCCACCUCCACCACCAAAAAGUCCUGCUCUCACACAGGCAACAAAGCCACACAACAACGUCGCAUCCACAACGAAAUCUUCGGGUGGACAAGCGACGCCUGGGACGAGAUGAGCCUGGUCUCUCCCUCUACCACCACAACACCCCUUUUCUCACCGGCACCAACCACUCCACAAACAAGGUCCAUGAGCAGGGAAGAAGCUCUCAGACGCGCCGAUGACUACACAAUCCGCCGUAUCGAGAAUGCUUACAUGCACAAUACUGUCCACAACUCAAGUGGCAGAAGAGUGUAUUUCAGAGUUGAAGGAUAUUGA